UCUUAUAUAAACACGUCAUUGUUGUAAUAAACAAGUGGAUUUUAAGCUUAUAUAUAGCAGUGUUUACGUUGAACAUUUAAAUGACAGCGUUGAAAAUCAAACGACAGCAGUUGCGAUAAGAUCUAAGUAGAGGUUAUAGUUUAUAGGACACUUCAGUACUGGGACACAGGUGAAAUAAUAAAAGAACAAGUUAAGUAAAAUAAAGAAGUUGUAAACUAAACGUCAUGGCGGCGAAGAAGCUUGAUAAAAACCCGGUAUUCAACCACCGAAAUUCAAUCGCUCUGGUAGACACUGCGGAGGAGCUUGUGGACAGCCUUGACAAUCUGUCAGUGUGCUUGAAACACAUCGAGGAGAAAUACGUGGCGUCGUCAUGUGUUGAUUCUUCGUUCGAGAAAGUCGGAAGCUUGUAUGAGAAACUAAAACAAAAUCUCGAGGUGGCGCAAAAUCUCACCGAUGUCUUAAAGCGGGAAAAGUGGCGUCUUAGCAGACGAGAAAUGAGUAUGGAACUCAGGAUGGGCGAACUCGAGGAGUACAAGUCCCACUUGAAAAGGGAUAUGACGGACAUGAACCAGACGGUUGAUAUUUUGAGCAUGCGCAUUGUGCAGUUAGAGAACGCGCUUUGCGAGGCAGAAGAAAAGCAGGACACCACGAAUGCUGAGAAACAAGACGUCGAAAACAAAUUCAUCGAAGCGAACGCUUUGAUAUCAGAGUUACAGAAGAAAGAGGGAUGCCUUCAAAAUCAAGUAGACGAAUUGAAACAACAAAGGAAAGACGCCGUUCUAAGACAACAGCAUCGCGAAAUGAGUGACAAGAUGGAAAUUCUUCUGAUUGAAAACCAUCGACUGAAGGAAAUCAUCCGCGAGAGGGAAGACAGUGAAUCUAGCUUGCCUUCAAAAAGCUUUCACCCUAAUGUGGAUUCAUUGAAAAUAAGCGAUUGUGAUUACGUGGAAAGGGAGAGAACGAGGUCUGCAAAAUCGCCUCAGACGCAUUUGCUACAACCCGCAGGAGAUAUAAUCGAUAGGCAAGACAGUGGCUAUUCGGGGGAGAACAACCCGACAUCUCCAGUCGCUUAUUUUACGGAAACAACCGACGUUGAGUAUGUUUAGCUCGGCGGUCGACCACAGUUAUGAUAUGUUCGCCUAGGCUGGUAUCCGUUUGUCCUAAGAAUGCAACAACUCAAACAAUGUCGGACGAGAUGGGUUGUUUAUAUUAAUUCAUUCUGAAGAAAAACGAGUCUAUUCACAAAUCAUAGGAACUUUUUAUAGCGCAAAAUGACAUAUUGUAAUAGGAUCCUGAUAUGAUAAGUGAAAUGGCGAACUGAUUCACUUAACUCGAAACAAAUCGCAAGUGAAGUGCAUUUCGGACAAUACAAUAGUGUUUGGAAUUCGGAUUUAUUACUUUUUAUUUCCGUUAUGUCUGGUUUACGGAAAUUCAUUAUGGUCACCAACCGUGGAAGUAGCAAACAAUGAUAUCCAUUCAAAAUUGAGACGAAAAUGGAUAUUUAAAUAACACCAUGUUAUAUAAGUGUUUAUAUACUUAGUCUGAUAAUAUGAACCGGUGAAACAGCUGUAUUAACGUACAACUUAAUUUGUAUUAACCAUUAGAUUUUAGAUUUAUUUGACAGCAACUAAUAACAUGCAUAAACAUA